ACGAACUUGCACUUCGUUGAAAAAGAUGCGCUUAUUGUUUCACAGCUCUCGCGCUGGCUUAACAUCUCGCUCCAUCGAGCGGCCUUUUACCAACGUGAGGCCUCGUAAGACGCACGCAUGUGUGGUUCAAAGGACGAUCAAUAGCAUCACAGAUCAGGAUGGUGAAAACUAUUUGGGUAGAGCAAACGGUUUGAGCGGAGCCGAAGCGGAGCAAAAUGACAGCCCGCUGGAGCUCGGCCGUCGUGGCGCGCUGGUGGCGUUGGUCAGCGCUUUAGGCUCGGUAUCCAUUUCAUCAAGCACUUUGCUGCUGCCGGAACCAGCGCUCGCGGACGAUUUUGUGACACUGCCAUCGGGCAUCAAAGUGCUCACCAUCCGGGAGGGUGAGGGCGCCCAGCCUCGUCCGGGGGACACGGUAGUGGUGCACUGGGCGGGAUUCACCAAGGGAUACCAAGGCAAGCGCAUCGACAAUACGAGCAUUCGGGACGAGCCGUACGAAUUCAAGUUGGGCGCUGGACAGGCCAUCAAGGCGUUUGAGCUGGCGGUGGAGAACAUGCGGGCAGGAGGUAUCGUGCGUGUGGAGGUCCCCGGAGAGCUUCCCGAGCUGAGCUACCCCUUGGCCCGGGGGGAGAGGUUCACGGGGGAGCUCAUUUCACCUGACUUGAAGAUCUACAAGUACAGGUACGGGCCGCAGCCUGCGGAGCUGGGCGGCCAGCGGGCUCUCGACUUCGUGUUGGACAACCGCACCCUCAAAGACUUCAACCGCACCUUGCUGUUUGACAUCAAACUGUUGGCUGUGAGGCGCAACAGUAGCAGUGGCAGUAGCUAGCAGCAGUCGCCACAACAGUAGCAGUAGCAGUAGCAGCCAACGGAAGUCGGAGGGGAUAAUGGCCAGGGUGCAUAGUACGGUGGCGUAGGAAGCCUUACGUAUUAUAGCACCUUGCCCCUUACGUUGCAGAUGGCCGUCCUCUUCCUCUUCCUUGGAAGAGAAUUGGAAGAGGAUUGGGUGGCGGAUGGGAGGAAAGGAGGAGGAAGGAAGGAGGUGAGGGGUUCGAUGUGAUGGUUGUGGCAAAGGCCGUUCGUUUAAAGAGACACUCAUACAAACCGCAAACACACACGCACAUGGUUCGUGUGGGCGGGGGGUUGCCCGGGUGCCUCCCCGGGGGGUUCUCCCCCCUGCUCCGACGUUUGCGUCGGAUAUCCGCCCCGCCCUGCUGGCUGUGUGUAGUUUGUUCAUUUUUGCGCCGUUGUGUGACAUCGUCCUGUGACAGUGAUGUUGAGAUUGCCGGUUGCUUCCAUAAGACUGCGGCAUGGCGAAUGCUGCGAAGGUAAUGUACAAGGCUACAGGUCCACAGUUCUGCGACAGUGAUGUUGGCGGUGGUUUGCUGGUGCGGGGGGAGCUGUGACGGUGGGGAAACGUUAUGGUGCACAGACAUAAGGCGAUGAUCUUACGGUUGCAAGCCGACCUGCCGGUAAUCUUCCUUAGGAUGUAAAUUGGCGGGAAG